AUGACCAUUACCACCUCAUCCUGCCUCGGGCACUUCGACAUGAAGAAAUCGAGACAAUCAAAGAGAACAUCGCGACGCACUAUGCUACACAAGAGGAGGGUUGGCGAUAGGAUAUACGAUGAUAUGACUAAGAGGAGCCGUCGGGCAUGCUUAAGAGUGGCUUCGUCAACGUGGUGGGAUAGGUCGCAUGGCCUCACUAGCAAGUACAUCCGUCCAUGUUGCCGCUUCUCAACAACGGACGCACCAGUUCUUCUAUUUCUAGGUUCUGAUUGGUAUAUACUCGUUGCAAGUGAAUUCAACUUAUCUAAAGAUACAAGUAUCAAGUGGAUGCGUGUUUCUUCUUCUGAGGCCUUGAGUGUGCCCUCCCAGAGUCCACCUUAUGUAGUGUUUUGUGGUAGAACGAGAAGCCCAAUGCCCCCCCUCUCGACAAUGCUCACGGGGAACAUUUUUGUUCAACAUCCUGGACAGCGUAUGUGUUAA